UAUUGAAGUUUGCGUUCCUCGGAGUUAUCGACCCGUUGAACUCAGCGUUAAACUCCGCUGAAAGCGUUUGCUCACUCACGUCGCGUCGUGUGCGAGACGGUCCUCAAAACGCAUGGAGGCACUCUGGUGCGAAAGAACAAAGACCGACAGGGUCGAACGGGCAGAAUGCGGCGUAAUGUGAGAGCAACGCAGGGUAGCUCGGAAAAUCGCCAGGCAGAAGAAGAUCUACCAGGCAUAGUCAGCAAGCUUUUGGCACAAAUCGGGGUGCCCAUCACAGUAGCGACCUUGAAAGAGUGUGUUCCGGCUAUAUGGGUUGCUCUUUACGAAGGUCUCUUCCAAGUCCGCAUACCGGGACUAUUGCGCGGGCCACCGGCGUCAACAGAACAGGGCCGUCUGCACAACGUUCGACUUGUCAUUGGCGAGCUGUCCAAAACUGUUCUUCGGACCGACUUGAGUCACAUCAUACCAAGCAAAGUUGUGAGAGGAGACACAGCUACGGUGGCCAACUUGAUACAGAUUUUCAGAGAGCUGGGCAGAGUGGUUGAGCGUGGAAGCGAGAACCUCAACGAGCGAGCGGCAGAUAGGUCUGGCCUCAGUAGGGAAGCGGCCGGGAACUCUGAAGGGGCGUUCGAGUCGGAGGAAGACUAUGAAACUGACGACGCGCCGGGAUCGGAUCCUGAGACUGAUGAUCUUGACCACGACGAUGACGAAAAUGAUCAGCCGGCGGGGAUACCAUCCAAUAGUUCGGGGCAUUAUGCGGAAACUCUGGAGCAUGAGUUAGACAUAUCGGGGAUCUCGGAGGUUGCACCUGAGAGUCAGUUCGACUCGGACGAGGAUCUCGCGCCACCACCCCCGGGGAUAUCUCACAGUCCACCCAAAAAGCGAAGGCGGCGAGCAGGCUCCGCGACAGACAUUGCGACGACAGUGACGGACGACAUUUCGGAAUACCUUCAGAGUCAAGGCAAUGAGGCUACGAGUACAUCUGGUCGCACACGAAAUGCAAACACCAGCUUAGGCACAUCAUUGCGACGCGAGAAAUCCUCAGUAUCACAUCGAGAGCAGCCUGUCGGAACCAGACGCAAAGCUACACCAACGGUGCGUUGUGCGUCGAGAUUCCUGCGGAUGAGUUCGUCUUAGCUCUAAAAUCUUAUUAUCAGAAAGGACAGUCGCUGCUGAAACUUCUGGCGACAGACACACCGUAUACCAGGGCUUUGAAAAGGCGAAGACUGAAUAUGCUGCGGGCAGCAUCACACGUA